GGCUGUGAUUGGCGGAGGGCUCGGCACCAGCAGCAGCAGCCGGGGAGGGAGCAACAGCCACAGUCGCUUGGGUCAUCUCCGUCGCUGCUGCUGCUGCUGCUCUGCCCAUCUCUGCUCAUCUCUGCUCUCCCACCCUGUGUCACCCCAUCACUAUAGUGUGUUAGGUGUGUAUCGUUAUGGCAGAGGGGAUGCUCUCCCUGUCGUGGAACAACCAUAGUGCAACAUUCACCCACACCCUCUCCACUCUGAGAGAAAAGGAGAGGUACACUGAUGUCACACUGGCAUGUGAUGGCAAGUUCUAUCCAGUGCACAAACUUGUGCUAUCAACAUGUAGCGAGUACUUCAUGAGAAUGUUUGAAACAACGCCAUGUAAGCAUCCAAUUGUUGUGCUAAAGGAUGUCCACUGUAAAGAGAUGGAAGCACUUUUGAGCUACAUGUAUGCUGGUGUUGUAAGUGUGGCUCAGAGUGACCUCCCUCAACUGAUUAAAGUAGCAGAAGCCUUGCAGAUAAAAGGAUUGGCUGUACCUGAUGAAUCCCUUUGCAGUAAUAUGAAAUUUGCCCAUACAUGGAGCCCUACAGAUGACAGAAGUAGUCCAUAUCCAAAACGAAUAAGACGAGAAGAAAAUGGCUCUCAGACUCCCAGAAUCUUGGAACCUCGUGCUGGUAUUAGUCCACAGUCCCUGACACGAUUUACUGGUAUUGGCUCUCAAGGUGGGCCACAAGCAUUCACAACCAUUGGGUCUUCUUUUGGCAACAUGAUGACUCCUCACAGAUUUGCUCCCUAUCACAGAGAUAGUGAUCUACAACACAUGUCUCACAGACAAAUUCACAGACUUGAUCACCGGAAAGACCAAAUCAUAACACCCAAAAUGACUCACAAACCAGAGCAUAAGUAUGAGACGAAAAUGAUCCACCAAACAAGUAUAAGAACAGACCAGAAUUGUGACACAAGAAGAGAUAAGGGAUCAUCUCAGAAAGAAGACCCAAUAUUAGAUAAGAAAACAGACCAUCUCUCAGAUGAAUGUAAAGCAAAAGAUAUUGAUACAGAAGAUGAUACCUCAUCUGAUAUGCAGGAGGUUGUGCCAGUAAGUCUAGUCAAAGUUGAAGUAAAAGAUGAAGAUGAUGAACAUAUUGACGUGGACGACACGGGUGCUACCAGCGUGUCGGUGUCGUCGGGUCCAGAAGCGCACAAGUUUCACAUGUUUAAACAACCAAAAGCGGAAUCCAAUGACGACACUCAGUGUGGAUCAUCAGGAACAGAAGGGGGAUUAAUUGAUGAAUCUGAUGUAAAGGAAGAAAUUGUGUAUGAUGAAGAAUACCAAGAAUAUCCAGAGUCUACAAUUGACUACAGUCCUUCAGCUACAGACUUAAGCGUGUAUCAGUCUACUAGACUAAAGAGUGAAGAGCAGUCUGGCUCAAUGGCACCUUCAGAACUGCUACAUAUACCUGACUCAGAAAAGGACAGGUCACAAGCUGGACCAUCUGGUAUACAGGAACUAAUGAAUGAUGGCAAAACAGCCGAAAAUAUGCUACUAGAUAAUGAUUACGCCACAGAGAGAAAUGAGGAGCUGAUGACCUAUAGUGGUGAGCGUAAUAUGGAGCAACAGGAUUUCCAUCAGAUGAUCUCCCAGAGUUAUGAUGCUCAGAUAACAGGAGGGGAAGAGAGUGUACGAGAUAGAGAGAAUGCUGCUGUUGCCACAUCCAGCAAGAUCCACCAUUGUCGUUUCUGUCCGUAUUCCACCCCUCGGCAUUAUAUUUUAAUGAGACAUCUUCGCACACACACUGGAGAAAGGCCAUACUCAUGCCCUCAUUGCUCAUAUCGUGGCACUGAUAAAGGCAAUCUUAAUGUUCAUAUUCGUACUCAUACAGGAGAAAAGCCAUUUUCUUGUCCUCAAUGCCCUGCUCGUUUUUCUCAGAAUGUUCACCUGAAGGACCAUCUUUGCAUUCACACUGGAGAAAAGCCAUAUGCAUGCCCACACUGUCCUUUUCGUUGCACUAAUAACAGUGGUUUAAGGAGGCAUAUUAAAACUCACUGGUAAGAUAUCUCUCAUUAGCCCGCACAUCCGGGGGGCCUCGUGGCUGUGUGGACAGUGCUCGGGGGUAAUAAUCCGAAGGGCCUGGGUUCGAUUCCUGGCAGAGGCAGAAACAAAUGGACAGUUAAUUUCACCCUGAUGCAUCUGUUCACCUAAAUGUAGAUAGGUACCUGGGAGUUAGACAGCUGUUACGGCUGCUUACUGGGAAUGCGUGUGCGAGCAUGUGUUAGAGAGAAAAAUAUAUAAUAGACAUAUAUGGUAUGCGUGUUAGUUGCUUUACAAGAUUGAAAGAACUAAUGUAUAUAUAUAUAAAUAAAAUAAAAUAAAAACAUAAUAGAGGAAAAAUAGAUUGGCUAGAAAGGCAGGGUCCAAGAGCUAAUAGCUCGAUUCUGCAGGCACAAAUAGUAAGCAUAUUACAAUUUUUAUACAAAAACAUCAGGGACAGGUUUUUAGAGUUUAUUUAUGCCAAUAUCAGGUUUUCAUUAUUAAAGGAUAAUACUGGUAUUAAUAUUAUAUCUGAAAGAUUUCUUUUAUUAUACUGCACUGUACUGUAUAUAUAAAACACAUUAUACACAAGUCUUACUUACAUGAGUGCAAUGAGGCAUAAGACUGCAAAUAGAUUGGAAAACUAAAUUCAACAUAGUUACUCAUCCUCAGAUGAUUUAACCAAACACAUAUGCAAAACUAAUAUUUGCUGAUAUGAAUUUAUUUUUGUAAAGUGUUAUUUUAUCAUAUACAGUAUGUUAUUUAUAUAAAUAUGUAGAUAUUAAAUAAUGCUUUGUAUAUGUGUACAGUUUUACAAUUGAACUACUUAAUCUAUAUUAUAUUUCUCUUGGCAAAUGUUCAGCACUAUUUGGGCACAGGCAAGAUAUGGCAUAUUGUAUACUUUAUUUAACUGAAGGUGUAGUAAUAGAACUGUCAUUAUCUUGUGUAAUAUAGUUCCUAAAUCAUUUAAAAUUAAUGUAUAUUUAGUAUAGCUUCAUAGAAGUUCAAUUCCAUUAAUAUUUGCUAUAUCAAUUGUUAUACAAAAUCUCCAUAGAUAUUGUAAUUGCUGUUUCUUUAAUAACAUCUGUAUAGAAAAACUUUAUUAUAUAUUCACAGUGGCUGUUUGAGGGUUAUUUUAACAUUAUUAUAUUAUAAUAAAGUACAGUACAUGCAUUUUAUAUGAGGUAAAUCAAAUAUUGUCAUUUUUUAAUAUUGCCAUUGAACUUGUAAAGCUAAUAAAGAUUCAUACACAAAACUUCUGAAUUUUAUAUGUGAAGUUCAGAAUAGUAAUGUUUAUAUUUUAAUCUUUGAUUUGUUUAUACAGUAUGUCAAAGAGAAACAUUUACUGGUAGAUGUUUAUACAUCAUUGUUUUACUUAGGUUUCUUUAUUUGAUAAUUUUAUAUGAAAAAAGAAGUGUCUGAUUUGGACAUCAUGGUUUUCAAAAAUAAUUUCAGAUUUUAUUAUGCAUAUUAAAUAUUUUUCUUUGUUAGAAAAGUGAAUAUUGAUAUGAAGGCAAAAUAUAUAAAAACGUCUUGCAAAACUUAUGAAAAAGUAGUUCAAAUCAGCUAAUUAUUAAAUUCAUUCAAAUUUUUAGGUACAGUACUGUACGUGAUCCUUUGCUUUCCUUUAUUUUGUUAAUAGACGAGGGACAAUCUUCAGUGACAAACAUCUCUAGCAUUAUUCAGCUCAGCUAGCUAACAGUAUUGACUUGUACAAGUAAGAAACUCAUAGUAAUUGAAACCAUACUAGUAGUUUGUAUCUGGACAACAUCACAGAUUCAGAUGCGCAAUACUUCUUACUAAUACACAAAAAUAUAUAUUGCAUCUUGGCACACCUCUGUAAUAAUUGGUUAGUACAAAAUAAAAGACAUGUCUUCAA